GUUUCCCUCACUGACUGAUUUACUGCCUGAGGAAGAAGAGGAGCAGAGCUGCCUUUAACUGAGAGGAUUUACCAAACUUCACCGGUGUUAUUAUUACCUGUGUGACUUUUGUUUGAGUCUGCUCGUGUUAUUGUUCUGCACCAUGAAGGAAAGAAGACUCACGCAGCCGUGUGUCGUGAGGUGUAAGCUCGUGCUGGUCGGGGACGUCCAAUGCGGUAAAACAGCGAUGUUACAAGUGCUGGCCAAGGACUGCUACCCAGAGACCUACGUCCCCACUGUGUUUGAGAACUACACCUCCUGUCUGGAUAUUGAAGAUCAGCGUGUUGAGCUCAGCCUCUGGGACACAUCAGGUUCUCCUUACUACGACAACGUCAGACCGCUCUGCUACAGCGACUCCGACGCAGUGCUCUUAUGCUUCGACAUCAGCCGACCAGACACAGUAGACAGUGCGCUAAAGAAGUGGAAAGCAGAGAUCCAGGACUUCUGUCCGAGCACACGGAUCCUCCUAAUAGGCUGUAAGACAGACCUGCGCACAGACGUGUGCACACGCAUGGAGCUGUCCAAUCAGAAACAAUCUCCCGUCUCACAUGAACAGGGUUCGUCUUUAGCUAAGCAGCUUGGAGCAGAGACGUACCUGGAGUGCUCCGCCUUCACAUCGGAGAAGAGCAUCCACAGUGUUUUCCGUACAGCGGCUCUGGCCUGCGUGAACAAACUGCAGCCGGCCAACAAGCCCAGCCCCAUCCGCCGCCUCUCCAAGAGACUCCUCCACCUGCCCAGCAAGGCAGAGCUGCUCUCCUCCACCUUCAGCAAGGACAAGUCCAAGAGCUGCUGCAUCAUGUGAAGCCUGCUGAGGGGAGAAAAGACAGAAAAGGUGGUGUGCAGGGAAAAGAGAGCAAUGAUUUCUACACAGCAGCUCUCCCGUCAACCACUCCACUCUCUCUGUUCAACUCCGACACUGGACUCUGAUCAUGACAUAUCACCCGCUCACAGUGCAGGGAGGGUUACAAAUGUUUGAUAUUGAAAAUAAUUCUGAUCUAUUAAAUGCACCUGACCAAAGGGAGCAUAGCAGCCACUUCAAGAGCUCUCAGAGUCCUCUCCUGAGAGCUUAAAUUAGGUCAGUGCCUCCUCUUUCCAAAGUGCUUGUAAGCACUGCAUUUUAUUGCAUUACUCUGAUGAGAGCCAUUUUAAAUUCUGGUAGCGGUGCCCUUUUCCAUCCAUUUAAUUUUCUGAAUGUCUUUUAAGGUCAGGAUGUUAGCUGGUUGAAGAGAUCAAAUGUUAAAUCUGACCGUGACAGGAAGUGGUAUCUACAGAAAUGCGGCUCUGGGAUUUAAAAACGGGAAUUAUUCCCUCACUGGCUGACCCCUCGGUAUUUCUUUUGGAAAUGAAAGCUGACAGUGAAGGUAAAAGGGGGAGAGAAGGGAGGGAUUUGGCAAAGCAGAGUGUUCAUCAGUAAAGGCAGUCAGAGGACGAACUGAGAGCACGUCCGAAGGAGCGCAGUGUGACUCGGUCCUCGCAUGAGAGUCGACGGGUGGACAUGAUGUGACGGAACAGAAACAAAUCAUGGGCCAUGUAAAGAGCAUGCUUUCUCAGUCAAUAUACACGUGGCUCAUUUUGUCCAUUUAAGUGCUGCUUAAUGGAUACCAGCUUUUGUUCCAGCAAAAAGUGUUUACUGGACUUUAAAAGAUGAAGCAUAAAAGAUUUCUGUUUUACACAUGCCAAACUGUUUUUUUUACACAUCUUGUUUUUGUAAUCCUUUGCCUCCUAGAUUAUUUAGAAAAUGUCCUCAACAGCUUUGAACAGCUAAAUGUUCAUCCAAGAUCUCCUCGUCAUAAAUAAACCAUUAGGAUUAUUCUAUUAUAAACGGAUUAUUAAAGUAAAAGCUUUGAGAUUAACUUCAAUGGAGUGUUUACUGAUAAUUAUGUCAAAUAAAAAAAGUUUGACAAUAUCCCAAGCUUGUGCCACAGACCCUAUUUCAGACAUCUAACCAAAAUCCAAUUGACUUUGAGAUGAAGGAACGGGAAGUGCAACAAUGCUAAUUUAAUCCUGUGCUAGCUGCAUCAACAAUAAAUGUCCCCGAGAUGACGUGGAGAAGGUUAACUUGAAUCACACAAACAGGCUGGUCCUUGUUUCUUCCCUUCCUUUUUUAUGCUAUCAAUUCUUUUUUAUUUCUAACUUCCCCUAAAACGUAUUCCUGACAUUUUCCAUGUUGAAAAGCUUUUUUUCUGGAUGUUUCUUCUUGCUUCUGGCUGUCUUCGUUUUGUUUUUUUGUAGCUGUUGAUGUUGUUUUUACUGGAGUCUUCUGGCAUUAGCGGGCUGUUGACAGCUCCGCUAAUGGAGGGCUUGAUGAUUUGUUGGUCCUUUCUCUUUAUACAUCCAUGGUCCGCACCGAGGAACCCCCAACACUGGAGCUUUACGUGUUGCCUGGCAACAGUGUGAGCAAGGGGCAGGCGUUUGUGACACGGAGAGGGAGGGAUGCUCUCCCAGAGGGCGCCUCACCUUUUUAUUUGUAGCAUUAGACGGAAGCCACUGCAAAGGAGGCUGAUGGACAUUUCACAGAGUGGGAGGCCUGCUCCAGAUCUCCACGUGGUUUUAAACACCCCAUGCUGGUGCAUUGUGGGAAACAUAUAGUCUGAAACAUGUCUCUGUAGCUUCAGUUGGUAUCGAAUAUAAAGUCGUCAUUUCAGUGUUUCUCUCUUGCUAAUUUUCUGAAGGAAAGACUUGUUUUGUUUUACAUGUCCUUCCUAAUAAAACUGUUUAUUAUGAAUCCCUAAAAUGAAUGUUACUGAAGCAAAACAACGUGUGUGUCAAGUUGCCUUUUAUGGCUUUAAAUUAUUGGCUGAGUUCUGUAUUUGUUAUUGUCAUACUUCUUUAAAUCUUUAUUUAAAUAAAUAUGUCCAAAGUUCA